CUGAAAGCAAGGUAGUGGACACUAGCAUUGCUUUUGCGUAGUAUGGGCAAGUACAUGUGCUGCCGCUCUCUGCUGUCCCUUCCAAUCUCCCUCGCACUACCAUCUGAUUCACCUACACUUCCUCAACGCUCUCGAUCGCCUAUCCGCUCAGCCUCCUACUGCAGAAGCUGGUCUUCUCAGAUAAAUUGAAGAUAGUCACUUCGUUCUUCCCUUGUUCAGCCACUGACAAUCAUGAAGCAUAUCACCGCUCUUCAGGUGCUCUUCGCCGCCCUCUUGGUAGCCUUUCAAGGCGAGACGUUGGCCCAUCCGGUCUUCUACGCGCUUCAGAUGCGGACCACCCCGGACACCCUGCCUGCUGCAAGGCCCUACCCCAUCUUGCCGCGCUUCCAGCUCGAGCCAAAAUCCUCGACCGAUGGUUCGGCCCAGUAUACGGUCUCUCUGAGAUCACUUCUGCUCGAUGAGGCACGCAGGCGACAAGAGAAUGGAGAGGAGGAAUCGAAGAGGUUCAAGCCGGAAGAUUUCUUUCUACACCCACCCCCACACCGCCAUGGCCGACGACACGUGCAGUAGCAUCUAACAGGGUUGAAUGUCCAUGGAGCAGCAGCUGCUGUGUGCCGGCGCUCUCUGUACAUCGGAACCAUUUGCUUGUGACAUUGUGAGCCAUGUGAGAUACAGACAUUAGAAAUCCCUCGCUGCAUAGUCUCUUUCCGUCCAUCUGUGGCCUGAAGGGGGCGUGCGUAGGGGCGUGCAGCAGGCCGUCCGCACAGAGCCCAGAGACCAACACUUGCGCUUGUGACCCAUCCUUGUCCCCAAUCCUUCAGUGAGAUCUC